AGCUGUGUGUCCAUACACUAAUAUUCAAAAAUGGAGAGCUGUGAUGUGGACACAGAUAAUGUGACCCCACCCUCAGAAAAGCGAUAAUUCACAAAGAGCCAUGAAUAUCAUGAAGAGCAUUGCCGAGAUGAUCGUGAAGGACCUACAACCCCUCUCUGUGGUUGAACAGGAGGGUUUUAAGAGUUUAAUCAAGACGCUUGAUCCCCGCUGCAGAAUUCCAAGUAGGAAAAUUUUCACGGGAGAGAAAAUACCUUCAAUGUAUGAAGAGUGUCGCUCAAAAAUAAAAUGUCUGGAUGCUGCUGACAGUGCUGUAUUGACCACUGAUAUGUGGACAUCAAGAGCCACAGAGGCUUAUUUAACUGUCACUUGCCAUAUUAUUGAUGAAAACUGGCAAAUGCAAGCAUAUGUGCUAGAAACCAGUAGUUUCUCAGGAAAGCACAGUGCUGAUAAUAUUUGCUCGGAAUUAAAAAGAAUCACAGAUGAAUGGGGCAUAACCACCAGAAUUCAGGCUGUGGUCACGGAUAAUGCUGUCAAUGUGGUUGCUGCUGUACACAGAGCAGGUUGGGCACAUUAUCCAUGUUUUGCACACACCCUUAAUCUGGUAGUGAAAGGCUCCAUUAAGACCCUCCCUGAGCUUCUUGACAUCCAACACAGAUGCAGUGCUAUUGUAGCUUUUUUCCAUCACAGCACAAAAGCAACAGUGAAGCUCAAAGAAAUACAGAAACAAUUGAAGUUUCCAGAGCACAAACUGAUCCAAUCAGUUGAAACAUGCUGGAACUCUGUAUUUUACAUGUUUGAGAGACUUUAUGAGCAAAAGGAAGCAGUGACCACCGUACUUUGCCUUCUUGGCAAGAGCUCACUGUGCUUGAGUGAAGAGGAUUGGUCCAUGGUUUGUCUCUCCCUUGAUGCCUUAAGACCAUUUGAAGACGUCACGAGGGAGAUAUCAUCUGAAAAACACGUGUCAGUUUCAAACGUGAUCCCCCUGGUAACAUGACUUCUUAGAUCAGCUGCAUCUCAUGAGGCCCAAGGCAGCAAGCUAGCUGCUGUGCUGUCAGCACAGUGCCAGCACCGUUUCAGGAAUAUUGAAACCCACUAUGGUCUCAGUACCAGCACCUACC